AUGACAACUAGUCCAGAAGAAGAAUCAAUCGAGUUACAACAACCACAACAACCAAAAAGAAGAAAUAGAAUCGGUACAAAGAAUAAAGAACUCUAUAAUUGGGAUCCAAUAGAAUAUGAACAAAAUGAAAGUAGUUUUGCAACACAAGAAUAUAUACAAGAUAGAAUUAGAAAAGAUGAAUGCAAUACAAACUAUGUAUUAUCAAUGCCUUCAAAUCAUGAUAUAAAUUUAUGGCAAUAUGAACAAAUUAGACAAUUUACAUUAGAACUUAAUCACUUUACAGCUUUAUUUAAAGAUUUUUGCAAUCAAACUACAUGCCCAUCAAUGAAAGCAACUGAUGAUUGGUUAUUUUUAUGUGCAUCUCAUAAACAAACCCAAGAGUGUUCAGCUAUAGACUAUAUUAUUCAUACAUUAGAUUCUACAUCAGCAAUAUUAAACAGCGAUAAACAUUUUCCAAAAAGAAUUGAAAUCCCAGCCACAUCAAUCAAACAUUUUCAAUCAAUAUGUAGAAGAUUAUAUAGAAUUUUUGCACACGCCUUUUACCAUCACAGAGAACUUUAUAACGAUUUUGAAUCUAAAACCAACCUCCAUAAAAGAUUUUGCAAGUUUUGUUUACAAUCAAAUCUAUUACCAAAAUCAGCAAUUUUAGUAAAAGAAUAA